GGGGACUUUACUUAUUUUGUUGCUGCUCCAUCACCCUUUCCGCAGCCGAGAAAGCUUUCCGUGAGCUUGAACAAGCACUGCCAUUUUCCUUCCCCACUUCACGAAGAGGAAAGAGAAAAAGAAUACGCCGGAGAACACGAACAAAAGAAAAUGUUCGGAACCCCUUCUUCUACGCCCGCGUUCGGAACCCCUUCGCCGGCGCCGGCGCCGGCGUUCGGAACCCCUUCUUCCACCCCCGCGUUCGGAGCCCCUUCGCCGGCGCCGGCGUUCGGAACCCCUUCUUCCACCCCCGCGUUCGGAGCCCCUUCGCCGGCGCCGGCGUUCGGAACCCCUUCUUCCACCGCCGCGUUCGGAGCCGCUUCGCCGGCGCCGGCGUUCGGGACGCCGACGGCGCCGGCAUUCGGCGCCUCGCCUUCGCCCUUCAUCUCCCAGCCGCAGCCGCUGCAGCCAGGGCUUGGGUUUCCGCAGCCGUCGUCGCCUUCCCCCUUCGCCAUGGCCCCGAUCACCACCCAGAUGGCCCCCGUCGCCCCUCUCCCCAUCUCCCUCCCCGAUCGCGACAUCCAGGCGAUUGUGGAUGCUUACAGGGAGGAUCCGGCGAACCCCAAGUACUCCUUUAGGCAUUUGCUCUUCAGCGUUACCGAACCUUCAGCUCGGGUGAAGCCGGUCGGCGCGUCGGAUAUUAUGUGGGCGGAGGCGAUGGGAAAACUCGAGGGGAUGCAGAGCUCGGAUCGUGAACGGCUGUGGCCGCAGCUUGUUCAGGGCUUUAAAGAUCUCUCCGCGCGUCUUAAGCUUCAAGAUGAAGUCCUUGUUUCAGAUGCUGAAAGACUGAGCAUGACCCAUGCAAAUGUGAAAAAGCUGCAAAGGCAUUUCCAAGCAGAAACACUUCCAUGGAUUCAAAGGUUGAAACAGAAAGAACAAGUCCUUCAGAGGCGCCUUUUGAGGAUCAUGAGAAUUGUGGAGGCCUUGGAAUGCAAAGGUUUCAGGGUGCCAUUAACGAAGGAAGAAGCCGAAUUGUCUGAGAAGUUGGCGGCGAUAGCAAGACGGCUAAAAGGGCCUGGCUCCGAAUUGUCAAAGAGACUAUACAAUCUUCUGUCAGCAUCUCGAGUACUUGCUAACACUGGUGGCUCCGGCGGUCCAAUCUAUCUUCCUGGUUCAGCUAAGAUUCAUGAGCAGAGCCUUGCAGAUCUCCAGGAGGUUCUACAGCAACAGACCGAGGCAAUUGCUAGGUUGGGCAAUGUAUUGAAGAGGGACGCCCGCGACAUGGAGAUCAUCAUGUCCGAGAGCGCCAACGUGGCGGAAGAUGGAGGCAGGCAGAUUUUGAAGCCCUAAUAAAAGAACAUAUAAUUCUUUACUUGGCUUCUAAUAAGGAAAACAAAUGUUUCUCUCUUGUUUUCUUCGAGUGUCUGUAUUUUUCUUUUGUUCGAGAAAUUUAUUUUUCUUAUUUUUCUUUUUUUUUUUGUUUAAGUUCUGUUUCUGCAAUCCUUUUGGAGUUAUGGCGCCAAUGAUAACUUAGAUGAGGUUAGGGCAUCGAUUGUGUACUUGUUGGACUAUGUAGAGAAGAGAGGAAAAGCAAAAUUCCUCUGCGAUUUGUAACUUUUUCGGAGAUGUUCUGUAUUUCCAAAUUCAACAUAAUAUAAGGUUGCUACUAUGCAAUUACGUAUCA